GCAAGGAUGUGGACUGUCCCUUCCUGUUUUAGUGCCGAGAGAGCCACCGUAGCGCCUCAGACAGUAGCAGGAAUACGGACACCCAGAACGCGAUUAUGUCCGGAUUUUCGCCGCGUUUGUCGGGCACACGGAGUCGCACUACGCGCCGCGGGCUGCACGGCUUUCGCUGUUAGGGAACGCUGUAAUGCUGUUCUCCGGGUAGUUGGUAACAUAGCAGGCCUGUUAAUUGCGCUGCCAACCCUUGUUCCUUUCCUGUGUCAAUGAUUGUCCUCCUCUCAGUCUCUCAUGGCGGAGACUAAAAUAAUAUAUCACAUAGACGAGGAGGAGACUCCUUACCUGGUCAAGCUGUCCGUUCCUCCGGAGAAAGUCACUUUAGCGGAUUUUAAAAAUGUCCUCAACAACCGACCCGUUAAUAGCUACAAAUUCUUCUUCAAAUCCAUGGAUCAGGAUUUUGGGGUUGUCAAAGAAGAGAUUUCCGAUGACAACGCCAAGCUGCCGUGUUUCAACGGGCGGGUAGUGUCUUGGCUGGUCCUGGCAGAGAGUGCACACUCUGAUGGAGGGUCUCAGUGCACAGAGAGCCAUCCAGAGCUCCCCCCUCCCCUCGAAAGAACAGGGGGCAUUGGAGACUCCCGACCCCCCUCCUUCCAUGCCAACGCAGUGAGCAGCCGUGACGGCCUGGACACAGAGACGGGCACAGAGUCUCUGCUGAGCCACCGCAGAGAGCGUGAGAGAGAGCGUGCACGAAGGAGAGCUCGAGAGACUGAGCUCCCUCGCAUCAAUGGUCACUCUAAAUCUGAGCGGACAGCCAGGGACUCGGCCAUGGGUUACGACAGCGCCUCAGUAAUGAGCAGCGAGCUGGAGUCCAGCUCGUUUGUUGACAGUGAGGAGGAUGAGGAUGCCAGCAGGCUCAGUAGCUCCACAGAACAAAGUUCUUCUUCACAGCUCAUGCGCAGACACAAGCGGCGCAGACGGAGGCACAAAAUGGCCAAGAUUGAUCGGUCUUCAUCCUUCAGCAGUAUCACAGACUCCACCAUGAGCCUCAACAUCAUCACGGUCACACUUAACAUGGAGAAAUACAACUUUCUGGGCAUCAGUAUUGUAGGUCAGAGUAAUGACCGAGGAGACGGUGGCAUUUACAUUGGCUCCAUCAUGAAGGGAGGAGCUGUGGCUGCUGAUGGCAGGAUAGAGCCAGGAGACAUGCUUUUACAGGUGAAUGAUGUGAAUUUUGAGAACAUGAGCAACGAUGACGCUGUGAGGAUCCUAAGAGAGAUAGUUUCUAAGACUGGCCCUAUUAGUCUUACGGUUGCCAAGUGUUGGGAUCCAUCUCCACGAAGUUACUUCACCAUCCCUCGUGCGGAACCAGUGAGGCCCAUCGACCCUGCAGCCUGGAUUUCUCACACCACAGCCCUGACGGGACCUUAUCCACAUUACGAAUUUGAUGACCUGCCUCUGUCUGUUGGUAAAACAGACAUGGCAACCAUUGUGAAGGUGAUGCAGCUUCCUGACUCCGGCCUGGAGAUACGGGACAGGAUGUGGCUGAAGAUCACUAUCGCCAAUGCCGUCAUAGGUGCCGAUGUGGUGGACUGGCUUUACUCCAGAGUGGAGGGGUUCAAAGAUCGACGAGAUGCAAGGAAGUACGCAAGCAGUCUGCUGAAACAUGGCUACCUGAGACACACAGUCAACAAAAUCACCUUCUCUGAACAGUGCUACUACACAUUUGGGGACCUCUGCCAAAACAUGGCGUCACUCAAUUUGAAUGAGGGAUCCAGUGGUGGAGGCUCCGAGCAGGACACUUUGGCACCGCUACCUCCGACCACCAACCCCUGGCCUCUAGGCGGGCAGCCGUUCCCGUACCCUCCUUUUCCGUCUGCGCCUCCCUGCUUCCCACCGGGAUACUCUGACCCGUGCCACAGUUUCCACAGUGGGAGCGCCGGCAGCCAGCACAGUGAGGCAGGAAGUCGAAGCAGUGGAUCAAACCCCAGCGCAGGCAAAGACAGACGCUCCCCGCAGGACAAAGCUCAGAGGACGACGUGCUGUGAGUCCGAGCCAGGCCUCCGUGGUGGUAGGCGAGGCGACAGGUCUGCCAGCCAGAUAAGCCAUCACAGCCACACCAGGUCAAGUCUCAGUCACAGCCACUCGCACAGGAGCCACUCGCUGUCCCAGAACAACCACUCCUUCAGCUACUGCCACACCCCAUUCACCCAGCCAGGGGCGGGCUCCUGCGCGCAGAGCGAGAGAAGCCACGCCUCCUCCUAUGGCCCCCCGGGCUUACCUCCCCCUUAUUGUCUAGCUCGCCAUGCCCCCAAAACCUCAAUGAGCAUUAACACGCCCCCAGGAGCCCCCCCUGGGAGAGAGCUAGCGACCGUUCCUCCUGAGCUCACCGCCAGCCGGCAGUCGUUCCAGCACGCCAUGGGCAACCCCUGUGAGUUCUUUGUGGACAUCAUGUGACAGAACAGUGCCUUCAAAACACAGUGAGCACAAAACAAUUCUCCCAGAACUCACUUGCGUCUUUUUCUUUUUUCUCCUCAGUCUUUUGAGCACCCCUAAGUUCAGAAUGUAGAUACUACCUGGCCCUCUCCGUAGUCCCCUGCCCUCCGAUGUCCACAGAAAGGAUCACAGGCUGUGUUAGCACAAAGGAAGGAUUCCUCUCACUCACAAGCACAGGUGCUCCACCUGAAACCGCCCACCCUUUUUUUUACAGACAUGUACAGUUUGUAAAACGUGAGUGCUGUUCGGUGUGGUGACGUCUUUGAAGCUGCCCUCCAGACAUUCUCGGGUAUAUCCCGGAUAUUAUCUGUUCUGCAAGACCUUUAACUAGACUGGAACUGGAUCUCAAUCCCCCAGACCCAGACUGAAAACUCUGGACUCAUAUCUCUACGUUGUCCACACCUCCUGCCCAAUAUCUCCACUGUUUCUGGGGUUUUGCCAGCAGCUUGCCUGAGCUCUUACUUGCCAACACUAACCUCGAUCUGUGUUUUUCCACAGCUUCAUGAGGAAGACCCCAUAGCCAGUUGCCAGUUUUAACAAGGCUGGGUAGUGCAUGUCGAACUGCUUUAAAGAAAUUUUAUAAAUUCAUUUUGUUUAAAGUAUCAACUAAACUAAAGGGAGGAGGUUCCUUCUUGCCAAUGUUCUAAAGGAUGAAUCCGUACACUGGAUGAUUUUGUGAUGUUAUUUAUGUGGUCAUGUUGCAUUGAUGAUGUUGUCACAGUUUGUCUCCUUCGGCUCCCUGACAGACAAUCAGACAUCACCAUUUGUGAGUUAGAGGCCAGUUUCUGCUCUCUCAGCUGUUCGCUGUCAGACAUACUGUAGUUAUAAAUAGUCUACACACCCCUGGUGAAGUGUCAGGUUUUUGAUAAACCAUUUUUAGAACUUUUUCCACCAUUAAUGUGAAAUAUUUCCUUUAAUAUCUAACUGAAAAACAAAUAAAUCUGCUGAAGGACAAAAUAUAGAAAAUAAAAAUUCUGUACCUUUGUACAGGGGUUUAUCAGUCAGGUGAAGAAAGACAGUCAUCGGUAGUUGAAGAAAAUAUCGAACAAAACUAAAACUGGAUAUUCCUCCAUAAUCGAUAAAAAAUAGACAGAAACAGGUCUGGGGGCUGCCACGAACCUGACAGUAACCCUAAAAAAGCUGUUGUACAUGUGACAACAGUCUCCUGUGUUCUAACAUGCCUGAUCUGAGAAGCAGUCCUGAAAGAUAUUAGUGUUUUAUUCAAUGAAACAUCAAAACCUUUAUAAAAUCUCCCUACAUCUUGUGGAACUAUGUGAUAUGAUCUGAUGAAACCAAACUAUCUUUAGCCCUGAUUCCCAAAUGUAAUUUAACACCCCCUACCCACCAACCGGAAAUCAUAAACAGUUGUAAAAUACCAGACAGUUUUGACCCAAAACCUUCAGGUGCUAGAAAGCUGAAGAAGAUUUGUUUUUUUUUGCUUUGCCCUGGGCCCUAGCUUCACCUGAAGAAAGUUAAGGUGUUGGAAAGCCCGAGCCAGAACUAAAUCUGACAGAAAAUCGGUGGGGUCACCUGAACAAGGGUGUGGACAGAUGUCCUCAUCGUUUGAGAGAUUGGGAGAACUUUUGCAAGGAAGAGUGGUCAAAUAUUGUCCAGUGAAGAGGCAGCAUGCUGAUUCACUCCUACCAAAGAAGACUCAAUGCUGAAAUUAAGUCAAAAGAUGUAUGAGCAAAGUAUUAGAUUCAGGGUGUGCACAAUUAUGCAGGCUGCUGAGCUUUUCAGUUUCAAUUGUGAAGGAAACACGUUACAUUAAAGGUAGAAAUAUCUCUGAAAACAUUCAUCAUGUUGUUUUUUAAUAUCACAAAAAUCUGGCAUUUUACCAGAUGUGUGUAUACUUUUUAUACCCACUGUAUCAUUAUUCCCAUCAGGUGAGGUGACUGAACAAUGGUAACACUUAGAUUUAAGCACAGUAACAUCAGCAGAAAUGUGGGCACAACUAACAGACUCAAGAGUGUCGAUCCAGUUUGUUGUCGCAGCAACUGUCAGCAUAGUAAAAAGUUAUUGGGUCAGAAGCCAAGGCCUCACAAGGUGCGGUGGAACUUUCUUUUUUAUGUCAGAGCUGUGUAUGUUGCCAAUUUAUUUUUUGGUUUGUUUGUUAUUAUCAUUUUCUUCUCAUUUCACGUGAGUUUAAAGUAAGUUCAAGGGGAAUCCUGGCCAACAGAAUAACCACCCCCUGUUAAACAAUGGCAAACCCCUGUUGCAUCUACUUAAAGAAUAGCUACAACAGGGAAAUAACACUCUAGUUUUAUGAGCACUUUUCCAUUUUGUCUCUCCCUUUAAGUAUGAAAACACUGUUUGCAAUCAAAGUUUUCUCUUUAAUUUUGGUUCGUUACAAAAGAAGAAAAAAAUGUACAUAGAAAUUUAUUAUAUAUAAGAAUUAAAAAAUAUAUCUGUUCAAA